AUGACACGUGGAAGACAUCAACAUCUUGCACCGCCAUCGAAAGUGGCUAAAAUAAAUCGUCUGCGCCUCUUUGGUCAUAUAUUAAGGAGACCGGCAGGUCGCCUUGUUGAACAAGUUCUGAGGAGUUUGUCGGGUUCAAGCUGGAAGAAGCCACCUCUCCGAAAACGGCAGUUCUGGACUGAGGUGGUGAAAGAGGACCUGAGGAUACUCUGCGUGGAUAGGCAGUUCAGGCGAGACGUAAGGUUUCGCAGAAUAUGGAAUAGCGACGAAUGGAUUGAUUCUGCGCAAGCUCUCGCAGAAGAUCGAGAAGGUUGGGCAGAGCUGUGUUCAAGGACGGCACACCUCGGCGAAGAUGCGGGUAAUCGAGUCAGGCGAUGA